AUGGGACGAAAUGAAGAUGGUCUCGGUUGUGAUGAAGUGUUUGAUCAAUGUGAACGUUCAAUUAUGGACAUUUUCACAGAAGUGUAUGAAAUGACAUUUAACGAAGUUAACAUGCUUCUUGUUGUGCCACCAACAGCUCCAACAAGACAUCAACUGAUUUCUGGUAUUGGCAUACCUUUGCAAUUGAAGGACGAAGCGAUAACUUUUGGAAUGGUCAUGAAAGCUCAAUAUUAUUUACCUGAAACAGCGAAUCAAUUGAAGUUCGGUUUCUUUCCUGAUAUAUUCGAAAAUGUCACGAACGAUGCCAACCUUGAUAACGUUUGGCAUCCUUUUCCUGAUGGUAGAAAACGUCGUGAAACAAAGACAGAUCCCAUUAGUGGUCAGAAAUAUGAAAGUUAUGAAGGAAAAGUUGAAGUUAAAGGAGAUGAAACCAUUCAGAACGAUGAAGUGGACGAUGAUGAUGAAUUUGAUGAUCAGUUUGAGGAAGACAUUCUGGAACGUCAACGAAUGGACGAACAAUUCAAACAUUUCAAUAUGGAACCUGAACCGAGUACGAAGACUGAUGAAGUUGAUUUUUCUUCAUCACGUUGGGCUGUUUAUGAUGCUUUAAGCUUCAUGUUAGAAAGCAAAGGUUUUAAUGGUCGAGUUUGCGUUUUGAGGGCGAUUUGUGAAUCAGCUGAGGUUGAAUUCAGUGAACACCUUAUGGGUGAACUUUUCCACGUUUUCUUCACCUGUUCCAAUAUUUAUUCUAAAGGCCUUCAAUCUAUUAACAGCCCAUCAACAACAGCUGAAGCUGUCAGUAAACUGAGCGAUUACGAUUACAUUGAAGCAGAAAAAAUUGGACGAACAGCAACGAGUUCUGGUUGUGAUAAAGUUUUUCAUCAAUGUGAACGCUCAAUUAUGGAAAUUUUCACAGAAGUUUUUGAGAGCAAAAUGUUUUAA